GCCCGCCAAAUGACAUAAGUCAAGCACAUCAUUUCUUGAAUUCUUUUCCGUGCGUUUGUUGGUGAAAAUGGCUCCACCAAAGCAGAAAUCGGCUGAUAAACCAGCUGCAAAAAAGGAAGACAAGAAGAAACCAGCUAGUGCUCCGGCAGCAGCCGGCGCCGCCGGAUCGUCCAAGACGCCCGCAGCUGCCCCAAAAGCUGCCGCUAAAGCUGCAGGUGGUGCAGCGAAAAAGGCACCAGCAAAGGCCGCAGCCAAGGCUGCAGGCAAAGCCCCAGCUGCAUCGAAAACCGCGCAGAAAGUGACCAAAGUCACAAAGAGUGCUGCCAAGUCUGCAGGAAAUGCGGCCGCUGCUAAAAAGGCUGCAAAGCCUAAGACUGUCCCCAAAGGGAAAGUCGUUGCAAAACCCACCAAGCAGGUGCCCGUAAAGCAACAGAAGGGCGUCGCCAAAAAAGCAACAAAAGUGGUGCAAAAAGCUUUGAUCGUUCGUAAGAAGGUGAUCAAGGGCCCCCAUGGAAGUCAUUCCAGGGUGAUUAGAACUUCGGUUCACUUCCACCGGCCCAAAACUUUGAGGCCACCUCGAAACCCAAAGUAUCCGAGGAAGAGUGUGCCCACAAGGUCUCGCAUGGAUGCUUUUAAUAUCAUCAAAUUCCCUCUCACCACUGAAGCCGCCAUGAAGAAAAUUGAGGACAACAACACUUUAGUGUUUGUGGUCCAUACGCGGUCGAACAAACAUCAUGUUCGGGCGGCAGUGAAGAAGCUGUAUGACGUGAAUGUUGCUAAAGUCAACACACUAAUCAGGCCUGAUGGAAAGAAGAAGGCCUACGUUAGGUUGACCAGAGACUAUGAUGCUCUGGAUGUUGCCAACAAAAUAGGCAUAAUUUAAGUGUUUUCAAAUAAACUUUGAAAACUG